UCUCCCUUCACUGUGUCCACGCCGUUUGUACUGAUGAUUAUUUGGACACGUUACACAGUAAUUGGACUCGUUACACAGUAAAAUUAGCAAAAGAAUGAAUAAUCAGGAAGCAAUUUUUAACAGUGUGCUGUAACUGAUGUGCUCUAUGAAGCUGUAAACCUAUAACGACUUCUGUUCAGGAUUAGCCAGCAAUUUGAAGGCAGUAUCGGUAUAAAGAUAUAUGUAUGCUGCGAUAACGUCACAUUACGCAGAAAUUGAAAUAUAUUGUUCUGCAAAACCUGGUAGUUGCACUCUUGCCAGCCUUUCAGUUGAGGAGACACUAUAGCAUUCAGAAUGGCAACACGAGAAUCUCUCGAAAACAGAAUUGUUGCAGUCUCUGCUUUGUCAGUAGGCUUUGGCCUCAUCACUUCAGCGUUUAGUUUCUACUACGUAAAAGUGUUCCUGAACUUCUAUCAUAUAGAGGAAAGCUGGUUUCAGUUUUCUCAAACACUGUUCCUUAUAUGGAACGCAAUCAACGACCCUCUGUUUGCUUAUUUUCAAGACAGUACCAAUUUUCGUUGCUCAAGAACUCGACGUGAAAGUGUUCUGUAUGCAGCUCCAUUUUUUGCUUUAUCAUUUCUAGUGCCAUGGUUUCCAUGGGGAGACCCGGAAAGUGUACAACCAUGGGUUACAGGAAUUCAUCUUAUUACAGCUUUAUGUUUCUGGGACACUAUGUUUACAUAUGUUGGAUUGGCAUAUUCUUGUCUUUUUACUGAAAUGACAAAGGAUAUUUCAGAAAGAUACAAGAUGGUGAGAUGCACACAAAUAGGUAGUUUACUAGGAUCGUCAAGUGUAUUCAUUCUACAAUAUAUGUCAAGUCAGUUAGAAGACUUCCAGGCAUUUCAAGCAACGAGUAUUGGAGUUGCUGUCAUCAGCUGUAUAUUCAUGAUGUAUUGUGGGAAACAUGCACAUACGGAAAGAGAACUACAACAUGACAGUGACAUGCAAUGUGGGAAACCAAGAGUUACUAAAUUUCAAGAAUACUCCUACUUUACACUUUCUAAACAGAUUCUUUUCAACAGAGAUUUUCUUGCUUUUGUGAUAAUGAACUUCUUCCAUGAAUUUUAUCGUGCAUUUAGAUCAAACUUUUUCGCCAUAUUUGCUGAUCAGUUGAUUGCAAAAGGAGCCAUUCCAGCUUUUGUGAGAAGCGUAUUUUAUGGGGCCAGUACUACAUGUGCAAAGUUAACUGUGAUAUUUGGAGCUGGUGUGGCAAGUCAGUUGGGUUACUAUAAGGUGAUACGUUACAGUCAGAUCAUCAUUAUGUUCUCCGGAUUGUUGUAUUUCUUGACAGGGCCUAUCAACCACUGGUGUUUGAUGAUGUUUAUGCUGUUAGAUAGUUGCCUUGUUGAUUGUGUCUCUUCGAUGUUCAAUCUUGCUGUAUCAGAUGUUGCGGACAAUGAUGUCAUUCGUUACAAUAGAAGACAUCCAGCGACGUCAAUGGUUUACGGUAUAAAUGCUCUAGUUGUGAAACCAGCUAUAUCGUUGUCUCCAAUGUUAGUUGUCAGUAUUCUAAACUCUUACGGGUAUGAUCGUCUCAAAGAUGGAAAACUGGACGCUACCGAGAUCGGAGGAUUAAACAGCGUUAUGUUUAAUUUGUUAUGUCUAUUUCCGUGUGUAAUCGGAUGUGUUCAGUUCUGUUCCUGGUCAUUCUACACAAUCAGGGAAAAGAAAAGUUUUGAUAUGACUUUAUAUGUUGGAGUUGCGGAUGAUCCGGUGUAGGGUAUUUUAUUUCAGUUUUCAUAUUUUAGGUUACCUCAGCAUAAUGCUCAGAUCGCCCUGUGCGCGUUGUCGUCUGUCGUGCGCCACCAAUUUGACAACUCUCCAGAUGUCACAAUUUUGGCCAAAUCUUGAUAAAACUUGAGCAAAAUCUUCAAUGAAAUCUCUGAAGAGCUCAUUUAUGGGCCAUCUGGGAUUAAAACUAGGUCACUGGGUCAAUGGAUAAGAAAACCUUGUUAACACCUUAGGGGACAUUUCCGAUCUUAUCUUCAUAAAAAUAUUCCAAAUAAUUGAUUCUAUCCAGGUUAAAUUUGUAACUAGGUUAUUUGAGUAAAAAAUCAGCUCACUAGUUCAGUUAAUAAAAAAACAUUGUUAACACCCAAGAGACUACAGUUUCUACUUGAUUUUCAUUAAAACCUUGUCAGAACGUUUGUAACUAAAUAUUCCAGGUCAUAUUUGAUUUGUUUUUAUUUGGGGUCAAAAACUCUUGUCUCUAGGUCAAAUCAUAGAAAGACUUUGUUAACACGUUUUCUGUUUGAUCUUUAUAAAACUUUGUCUAAACGUUUGCUUCGAUAAACCUUGGUCAGAUUUAAAAAUGGAUAACAUGACGUCUGUAAUUAGGUAAUUAAGUCAAAUCAGGAAAACAUUGGUAACACUUAGAAGGUCAUACUUUCUGUUUGUUCGUCAUAAAUCUUUUUUUCAGAAUGUUUGUCCCGAUGAAGUGUAAGUCUAGUAAAAACACUAGUUACAGGAGAUCAAAAACUUUGUUAAACCAUAGAAAAACUUAAUUAAAACUCUAGAAAUCAUGUUUUUUACUUGAUCCUUAUAAACAUUUUAUUUAGAAUGUUUGUCUCUAUGAAAUGUAGGUCAGAUUUGGAUCUGAUUGUCUAGGUCAAAAACUAGGUACUAGUAAUCGGGUCAAGUUAUAGAAAGCCCUUGUUAGCACCUUUAGUGCAGGUAAGUAUGAACUUGACACUGGGAACACUUCUUUGUGCUGGAUACCCUCUGUAUUGCGCAUUUCCGAUUACCGAAACUAGUACAUAAACAGUACCCGUAAAGUUGUUAUCAAGUUCAGAGAAGUUUUGACAAGCGGCUCGGAUGUCCUGUGCUAUUAAGUAGGUAUCCUUCCACAUAGAAGUGUCUCACAAAAUUAAAUGAUCGAUUUAUAAAAAUAAUCGAUUUCUCGCCGAAAUCCAAAUGUUAGUUGUCUGGACCGACGUCAUUUGGUGCAAUGGUUAUAGACGCUUUGACUGACACCAGGGAUUUAUGGGUAAGUGCUCAUUUAAAAGUCGAAUCGAGUAUUGUUUCCAAAUGUCAGUUUCAUUCUUCCCUGGCUUGUUAUAUAAAGAGCAUUGAUGGUAAUAAAUGCAUUUUACAAACAACAUAACAUGUUUUAUGAGCUUCCCCUAUGCUAAAAGAUUCCAGCUUCCAAGCUGACACGGGCUGAGGAAGAGGAGUCUUGGCUCUUUAGUGUCUCUUGGACACACGAUAUUCAUGUUAAUACUGUUGAUGCUGUAUGAUAAUAUAUUUCAUUGUUAAUUUAUAGUCUGAUAUUGACACCUUCCGUAGGAAAUGUUUAUAAUAUUGUUUCUAUUUAAGGAAGUAAAUUGUUAAGAAAGUC